UCGUAGCUAAAGAAUAUUUGGAACGUAUUUAGUUUGCUGGUACAUACCCCCAAUCUGAAGCAAAUCUCAUCAUAUCUUUAUUAAAUCUUAGGUUGCUCUUGCUAAAACCAUUUCAUCGCAAUUUGAUGCACGAGUUUAGAAGAAAAUUCGGAAGGCCAUCAUCAAUUCAGUUGAUCACAUUUCAGUAUUACUCCGUCAUAGUUACACCAAAAGAUGAACACCAACAAAUACAUAGUAAGUUUUGGUGGUGCAAACGUAGUCACAACUUUGACAAACAAAGCAGAAGAGAUCGAUGAAUGGGUGGCAGAUAUCUUGCCACGGUACGUCACCGAAGGCAGAUCAACGGUGGUAGGGCUAGACAUAGAGUGGAGGCCUCAUCAAGUGUCAAAUAUGAGCAACAAAUCAGCUACUCUUCAACUUUGCAUUGACACAAAAUGUCUCAUAAUCCAACUAUUUUACUUGGAUUAUUUGCCUCAGUCUCUUAAGGAUUUUAUGGGCUGGCCCAAUUUCUCUUUUGUUGGGGUUGAAGUGGCUGAUGAUGUGGCUAAGUUGAGGGAUGAGUAUGGGCUGAUCUGUGCUAGGAGCAGGGAUAUUCAGGCCCAUGCUUUGGCUCUUUGGCCCAUAAGGUGGUACCGAAAGCCCGGUCUUAAAGUUCUUGCUCGCGACAUCGCUGGGCUUUAUAUGGCUAAGCCCAUUCAUGUUUGUAGGAGUGAUUGGCAAGCUAGGGUGCUGAGUAAGGAGCAAGUGGAGUAUGCUAGUAUUGAUGCUUAUGCUUCUUACAAGAUUGGUUACAAGUUGUUUAUGGAGUGAAUGAGUAAUUAAGUAAGGAAUAAUGAUGUUAAGAUGGUUUGCAAUUUACUAUUUGGUAAUGUUAUCCACUAAAAAUUCAGUUCUAUAUGUUUCUAUGUAACGAGUGUUGACAAGUUUAGUGAUAUGUAUUCCAUAGUAGUAAAAGUUUCUAAUGAAGUAACGAUGAUGUGAACGAGUUAUCGAUGUUCUAUUAAAUCUUAUGUCUUUU